CUGCAAUUUUGUUUUAAUUUUUAGUUUUGUUAUUAAUACUCAAACAUCUGUCUUUUUUGAAGAUAACUAAAUAAAAAGAUACUGUUUCUUUUCAAAAUUAGGUGGCAUACAAAGAAGUAGAAGUUUUCAAAAAGUGACAAUGUCGAGUCGCAAGAAUGUUUCUGCGAAAUCAAAAGUUCGUUCAGGUACUGAAAAAAAAUCGAGAAGUUACCGAUCAGGUCUAAGUUUUCCAGUUGGAAGAAUACACAGAUUUCUCCGCUCUGGACAUUACGCUCCCCGUAUCGGCGCUGGUGCAUCUGUUUAUCUCUCUGCAGUGUUAGAGUAUUUAACAGCAGAAAUAUUAGAGUUGUCUGGCAAGGCCUGUACUGAUAAUGUCAGAACCAGGAUAGCACCUCGGCAUAUCCUAUUAGCAGUUCGUAAUGAUGACGAAUUAAACCGCAUGCUUGAAGGCGUAACAAUUUCUCAAGGCGGAGUCAUACCUCAUAUCCCACCACAGUUGCUGCCAAAAAAAAAUUUUAUGAAGAGUCAAAUAAGUCAGGCUACAAAUAGUUCAUCUCAAGAAUAUUAAUAUGUUCUCAAUGUGCAUCUAUAAUUAUUUUUGUUGUCUUUCGCCCAG